AUGUCCGGAGCAGAGGAGGUCUGCACGGUGCCUGAGCAGGAGAGUGAGCUCCAAGCAACAUCCUUUGGGGGCCCCUCUGAAGUCAGCGAAGCAAAGGCCAGAAAGAGCCGCUCCUCCCGGUCCUCCCGGGCCGGGCUGCUCUUCCCCGUCAGCCGCGUAGACAGGCAGCUGCGCAGAGGCCAUUUUUCUGGGCGCAUUGGAGCCAAGGCCCCCGUCUACCUGGCUGCAGUGCUCCAGUGGCUAACGCACAGAACCAUGGACGUGGCCGGCAAGAUUUCCAAGAAUAGCAAGCAGCAGCGCAUUUCUCCAUCGCACUUGCAGAGAGCGGUGCAAAAGAGCUCUGUGCUCAAGCAGCUCCUGCGAGGCGAUGUGCCCAGGAGCCGCAGCAGAGCUGUCCCCCACAGACGGCGUGUGGCCUCACCCUCCAAAAAGGCAACAACCAAGG